GUCUGUGCCGGGGGGGGCGCAUGCGCAGGGGGACGUUCUCUUUUUCGAUCCUCCUCUCUUUUCUGCCGCUUCUGUCAGUUGGGUUGUAACAGCAGCAAUUGCCAGGGAGCCGGGGACAGCAGGAGCCGGCUUGGCUGGGCUCGUCCUUUCCGUCCCGAGCUCCUCCUUCAGGAGCUUUCCCGUCGCUCUCAGGGUUGUGCUGUAACUCUCCAUGCCAUGGACUCCCCUCCGAUGCUGUACCCUGUGAAGCUCUACGUUUACGACCUGUCCAAGGGCAUGGCUCGGCGCCUCAGUCCUAUCAUGCUCGGGAAGCAGCUGGAUGGCAUCUGGCACACUUCCAUAAUUGUCCACAGGGAUGAGUUCUUCUAUGGAAGUGGUGGGAUCUCCAGUUGUGCGCCUGGUGGGACAUUGCUUGGACCUCCAGAUUCUAUUGUAGACCUGGGAUGCACAGAAGUUACAGAAGAUCUCUUCCUGGAAUACUUGGCUUCAUUGGGGGAAUCCAUAUUCAGAGGAGAAUCUUACAAUCUUUUUGACCAUAACUGCAAUACAUUCAGCAAUGAAGUGGCACAGUUUUUGACAGGGAGGAAGAUCCCUUCCUACAUCACUGAUCUUCCAUCUGAAGUCCUUGCAACACCCUUUGGACAAGCUUUAAGGCCUCUCCUCGACUCCAUCCAAAUCCAGCCACCUGGAGGAAACACUUUCUGCAGACAUAAUGGACAGAGCUAGCAGAUAUGGUGGAAAGUGCCUCCAUUCACCAGGCUUUUCCUUUUAAAACCCAAAUGUACCAGAUUCCUAUUUUAUGAUUUCAUGCCAGAGUUAACAGCAAGAGGGUGUUCCAGACUGUCCAGCAAAAGUAGUUACUGGAUUGCAUGUGAUAUGCUGCCAAGGUGGGCGGGUGGGACUGGUUAUAAAGUCAUAUGCCAUUACAUCUAUUUGCUAAAGUUAUUUUUUUUUGCCUUGGUUCACUUCUGAUGCUUUUAAAAUUAUUCCAUGCUAAGAAAUUGGAGAGUAAAAGCCCCACCACAACACUUAGAGUAAGAUGGGGGGCACGAAGUAGCCCUAGCCAUUUCUUGGCAAACUGGCUUAUCUUUGUUAGCUUUGUAAGUAUACGUCUUGCAAUAUAGCAUUCUAGUUAAUGCUAGCCCAGUGUUAAACUUGAAUAUUGUUUUGUGCUACCUGCAGGAGGGAGCAAAGUUUAAAAUAUUCACUGUGAAGUAAUUUUAUGAGAAUUGUAUUUUAAAUUAACAAGUGGACACAAACUCCAUGACAAAUGAUUGGAUGGCUUUAUAAUCCGGCAUAUGAGUGACUGCAAUCAGUUUUUAUUGAUUGCCACCUAUCUCACAGUACUUCAGCUGGACUGGAAACCAUGUGUGAAUUCUCCAGUGUCGGGGAGAAUCGUCCCUGCAAUUCAUCCAUAGCUGUAUGUGAAGCAACCUUUGAAUCUGACAACUUUAGAAUUGAAAUCUUUAUCACUCUAAGUAGUUUUUCCUCCAUGUGAUGAAGGAAAAUGUGGCAACUCUACCAUUCUGUUAUUUGGACACAUGCCUUCUGUGAUGCCACAAUCCUUUCCAUGUGAAAGUGAGGCAGAUACUGCAGGUAGUCUUAAGUUUUAUGGUGGUCCAUAGGCUGUUCAAGCUAGCUGGUAGCCACACUGGAAGUAACCACCGAAAAUCAAAGUUAGCAUCUACUAUUUGAGGGAAAUAGGGUGUCUGAAUAAAAUUUUCUUCUACAUUUUAUAUAAAUGAUACACUACUUUUGUACAGUUCCCUUAGGAAAUGUGUUGGCACUCCAUCAUCCUCCAAGAACCUUCAGAAAAUGUGGGUCAGCUAUGCUGGGCUAGGAACAAAGGAUGAUUAUAAUGUGCCAUCUUUUCCUUGUAAUUAUCUCUCUGCUUUACCUUAUCCCUGAUGACCAUGUUCAGGGAAAUAACAUGGGGCAACGGCAAUUAGCCUUUGUGAAUCCUCACAGAAGAGACAUCAUAACUUUGUCCCAGAUGCAGCCUGCCCCAUUGUAUUGGAUAUUAAUUCAGUUAAUUUGGAAUUCUUAGGCCUUGAUGAUGCUCCAAAAAGAUGCACAGCAAAUGCUAUGUUUGCUCAUAGCUGACAGGAUGGGAAGAUCAUUUUGUUUCUACUCAGAGAUUAUAAUCACUUAUGUCCCAUAACAUGACAGCAUUGUUCUGUUACGUAUGAGAAUAAAAGGCAACUUUAGCAAGGUAGCCAAAUUGUAAUCUGUGAUCACCCUCAUCCUAUCUGUUCUUUGAAUGAUUGUAAAGUGACAGGAGAAAAUGCAACCUCUUCUCUAGUUGUUGUGGGAUAAAAGUGGGCUGUUGUUUGCAGGAACAAGCAAGAGAGGAUGAUGCAUGAAGAGACUGGAUCAUGAAUAAACUGAUGGAGGAAUUAACAUAGUGGUGGCAUCAUCUCUUGCUACCUUGACCCUUGGAUGGGAUCUCCAGGUGGCAAUCUGACAACCCAAUGCCUUUUCUACUCUGGUAGCAUUUUAUACCAAUUUCGGUAGCUGUCGCUUUAUAAGAAUGAAUAACAUGAAAUUUGUUCCUGAAUGUUCUUAAUAGGUUGUUUGCUUUCUUUUCAUGAUAAAGGAGAGGAACAGCAGAAGUAGCACCUUUUAAAAAUGUGUCCUGUUGAAGUUUAUUGAAGCACAGAGUAACUCUCUCUUCAGAAAGUUCUUCCUUACUUACAGCCUGGUCCAAAACGCAUUUACUUCCAAGAAUGCUCCACUGAGUGCCAAACAAUACACUCAGGUUUUUAAAGAGUUGGAUCCAGAUUCCCUACAGCCACACAGCAGCUGUGGGGAAUGGCUUUUUAAGAUAAAGGAGAGCCCCAAAUGGGCUCAAAACACCAAGGCAGGAGGAGGAAGUGCUCCUGUCUUCCUCACAAGCCUGUUUUUGCUGCUCUGCAAGGAGUAUUCUGUGCAUCUGUGGCAGCAAAAAUGGAGAAAUAACUCCCCCAGCAAUGUUUCAGGCUUGGGAGGGAAAGCAGGAGCCCUUCUUCCCCCCAUCCUGGCACUCCAAGCCCAUUUGGGACUCUCCUUUAUUUUUUAAAAGCCAUUCCCCACAGUUAUGCUGUGUGGUUGCAGGGAAACCAGACCCAACUCUAAAAACCUGGAUGUGUAGUUUGGCCCUCUGUUAAUGGGUUAUUCUAUUGAGUAACUAUGUCUAGAGCUUAGAAAUGCCAAAUUUUUCUUUCUUUAUAUGUCUCAACCAUUCCUGUUUUUUGUGUGCCUUUCCCCAGCUGACUAGUCCAUCUGGCCAGGUAGAGAAAUGCAAUGUCCUGGAACUUACUUGAUCACCUUCUUAGUAUUUUCUUUCCCUCUACUUCAGGAUUGUAUAUCCUGAUCCUUGUAUAUCUACUUGGAAGCAAGGAUUCUAACUCUCCAGAAAAUGUGUAAGAUUGCAGAAUUAGACUUUUUUUAGUAGGACUGGAAGAAAAGGAUGAGAUUAUGGAACCUAAUAUCUGUCCUCUCUAAUGUUUCUGCUAAAGAGAUGAGGCUUUUGCUGUUGUGUAAUAACUGUUGGCUCUGUUUUAACAUGUGUGCAAUACCAAUUUGAGCCUUUGAAACCAUGGGAGUCCUAGAAGAAAACUAGCUCUCCAUUCUAGGGUAGAUGAUAACUGUAUGUGCCCUCUACUUGUUAACAUAGUUGAGUGUGGGUGUUCAGCAUCCAAGGGGCUGAUUGUACCCAGCAUUCUACUCAGUCACAUGUAUUUAUAAGUAUAUAGAAGUAUAAUAUGUGUAUAUGUAUGUAAAUUGACUCACUUCCCACUUGAAGUGGCUGGCAAUGGGCAGGGGGAAUACAUAAGCAGCUCUCAUGAGAGAGCAGAAGCUUGACCCAAAUGAUGGGUCUGUCAUAUUUCUGGGGAUUCCUUUUUGCCAUUUUAUAUUAAAAUAAUAAAGCCUUUUGGCAGAAA